AUGUGUAAAUUGCCCAUCCACAGAGCAGAGGAGAUACAUUUGAGAGAUAAUCUCAUGAUGGAGGUAACACAGCAAGGAGAAUUUGAAUCCCUCCACCGUGACCUGAUGGUUGGGUUUGGAACUUGGGAUUUUGAUCCGGUGGAUCUGGAGAACCCAUUUCCAAACAACCUCCUUGUGCCCGUAUCACUUCAGAAUUACAUUGCUCAACAGCUUCCAUGGAUUCACUAUUAUGAAGUUCCGGGUGCUGGCCAUUUCUUACCAUUUGCUGAUGGAAUGGCUGAUGCAAUUAUAAUGGCACUUCUAACUAGGGAAACUACUGUUCCCUCAAUGCAGUAG